CAGUAGAUUGUGAUGACGGGGUGAUGUAUACUCUUCAAAUAAUUUUGUAGAGAAUGACAGGGCGUAUUUCAAUUUGCUUGUUGCACAUCAAUUCUUAGAAUCAAAAUAUUUAAAUGACUAUAUUUUAAUUUGUUCAAUUGUCGUCAAUAAGACAAACAACGUCUUGAGAUUUGAACCCACGCGCGCUGCGCAUUCUGUCGGUCACUGCAGUGACACAUCAGAUCAGAACAGACCCGCAUUCAGCCGAACCGACACCGAUCACAAAUCAUGUCCGACGACGAGAAGCUGCCCUCCGGAUGGGAGAAACGAAUGAGCCGGAGCUCGGGUAGAGUGUAUUACUUUAAUCACAUGACUAACGCGAGUCAGUGGGAGAGGCCGAGCGGAUCGGAUACUGAUGUCGGGGAGGUGGAGAAAGUUCGCUGCUCUCACCUGCUGGUCAAACACAACCAGUCGCGCCGGCCGUCGUCCUGGAGAGAGGAGAACAUCACACGCAGCAAAGACGAGGCACUGCAGCUCAUUCACAAGUACAUAGAUCAGAUCAAAUCUGGCGAAGAAGAGUUUGAGAGUUUGGCAUCUCAGUUCAGUGACUGCAGCUCAGCGCGCAACGGAGGAGAUCUGGGCGUGUUUGGCAGAGGUCAAAUGCAGAAGCCGUUUGAAGACGUCUCGUUUGCACUGAAGGUUGGCGACAUGAGCGGCCCGGUGUUCACUGAUUCUGGCGUUCACAUCAUCCUACGAACGGGAUAACCAAUCAGAACACCCAUCCAUCAUGCUUUCAGUCAUUUAUUCCCACAAAUAACCCACACACACACACACACACACACACACACACACACACACAGUUGUUUUCCUUGUAAUAAAGUUGCCACUGUAAGGCAGCCUUGUCAAAACUGCACAUUAAAUCCCUCCAGUGUUUGCAUAAUCUUAAACAUUACAGUUCCCUUCUAAUACUUUCAUCAAUUGUUCCUUAAAGGAAUAGUUCACCCCCAAAAAAAUGUCAAUUUUCAUUUAUUGGGGGAAUUGUUCCUUUAAUAGUGACUUAGUGACUGCAUCUAGUAUCCUGCUACAUUCCUUCAUCCAUUCUGCUUCAUAUAAAGGACAGCAAAUGAUCAUAUGUCAGAUCUCCAAGAAAAAACAUGACCAAUAAAAAUAACCGUAUCACUAAAGAAAAA